GCAAAUUUUUCAUCAGAGAAUAGUGGAGAGGUUUUAGCAAAACUUCUUGUUAUGUUUAUAAAAUUAUUCUCAACUGCAACUGCUCUAAUCAUUAUCUGGAAACGAGAUGAUAUAAAUAACUUAAUCUAGGAAUAUGAAGACUAUAUACCAGUACAUCAGGAUGAUGGAUUUAUGGAGAAAUACUACAAAAUUGGAAUGCGUUCUCUCAAAUCUACCGCCUGUUUAAAUUUUCUGUCAUCUUUUGUAUUUCAAAUUAUUUUCCCCUUAGCUUUCCGGGACCCCCUUUAUUUUCUGGACGUCUUAACUUUCCCUGUAUCAGGAGACAGCAAUUUAUAUUUGCUUAUGUUGACGAUAAGUUUUCUAACUUCUACAUUCAGCACAUUUAUUUUACUUCCUAGUAUAACUCUAGUUGAUACAUUUGAAUCAUUCUUCAUUGAUGAAUAUAAUUAUUUGUCAGAGAUAUUCAGAAACUUCAUACACGAACAUCAAGGUCAUCAGAAACAUAUGUUCGAAGAACAUGCAAAUCGCAGUGAAGGAUUAAUUGAACUAAUUAACCAACAUGCAAAACUUUGUCAAUUAUUAAAUAUUACAAACAAGGUAUUUCAGAUUGUCACUGCUGUGAUAAUAUUGCUGUACAUGAUAAACCUUUGUGCGAUAGCAUAUGAACUUUCAAAUAACCUAGUCACUGCCAAAAGCUAUACAUUCCAAAUUGUUCCUGCAGCAAUGAGUGCAAUAUUUUGCUUAUGUCGGCUCCAUAAAGGAAUGAAGGUUAAUGUCAGUGCUCAUCAGCUGGCGGACCAUAUUUACGCAAUGCCACUGCAUGACCUAUCACACGAAGCUAUAGUAAAGCUAUCGUUUUUCCUCCACCGAUUGACAUCAGAGCAAAUUGGAAUAAGUAUAGGUGGUUGUUUUGUGAUCAAUCCAGCUUCUGUACUCACGCUCAUUGGAAGUAUCAUCACCUAUUCCAUAGUGGCGUAUCAGACAAGGAGUUAGAAGUGGCAGACGUUAUACGAGAGAGUCUAAUUUCUCAAAUUGAAAAGAAGAAUUAAAUGGAUUUGUAAAUUGAUUAUGUGUAUGCAUGCAAGUAUUCACAUAUUAUGUAUGUUACUGUACCUGUAUGUAUUCACGUGAGUGUGUAUAUAAGUAUUUAUGUAGAUGUGCCUCUCUCUCUCUCUCUAUAUAUAUAUUGUGUGUGUGUGUGUGAGAGAGAGAGCGAGAGAUAGACAGAGAAGAGACAUAAAUCAAGAAUUUUGGCAAAUUAAAAUACAUACACAUAUCUCUCUCCCCCCUCUCUCUCCAUAUAGAUGGAUUCUCUGUCCUAUAAUGUAGCACAGAUAACGAGAGCCAAACAUGGUUAAAAAUUGAUAGAACACAAAAUAAGCAUGGAUUAUAAGAAGUAACCAAAAUUUCUUGACAGAUAUUUUGACACAUUCUGUUCAUUUCAGCUACAUGUGUGUGAAUGUGUGUGUGUGUGUGUGUGUGUGUGUGUGUGUGUGUGUGUAAGGGGUCAUUUUUCAAUAUGUGCUUAAACCUUUUAGAAGUCAUCU